GCCUUUAAUAUCAUGUGAUAAAUGAAUGCUUUAAUUGAGUGAAAAAUAUUUAUUUUAUAACUCAAGACAUAGUCAUCACAAGUGACGGACUAUUUAGUGGUGAAAGCGAUGCUUAAACCGAAACAAUGGUUCGGGUGGUCAUCAAAACCCAAGAAUCCACACUCACUGGAACAGCUCAAAUACUUGUUUAAUGUGAUGUCCAGAAGUCAAACAGUCACCGAACAGAACAGGACUUUAUUAGUCGAGACAUUGAGAUCUGUGGCAGAGAUACUGAUUUGGGGCGAUCAGAAUGACAGCACUGUCUUUGACUUCUUCCUCGAGAAGAAUAUGUUGUCCUUCUUUCUAAAGAUAAUGAAGCAAAAGUGUGGUUCAUAUGUUUGCGUACAACUGCUUCAGACACUAAAUAUAUUGUUUGAGAACAUCCGUAACGAGACAUCACUUUAUUAUCUGUUGUCCAACAAUCACGUGAACUCAAUCAUUGUUCAUAAGUUUGAUUUUUCCGAUGAAGAAGUGAUGGCUUAUUACAUAUCGUUUUUAAAGACAUUAUCACUAAAAUUGAAUCCACACACCAUUCACUUCUUCUUCAAUGAACACACCAAUGAUUUUCCUCUUUACACAGAAGCCAUAAAAUUCUUCAAUCACAGCGAAAAGAUGGUCAGAAUUGCAGUCAGAACUCUUACACUAAAUGUCUUUAAAGUGGACGAGAAGUCAAUGUUAAAGUUCAUUAAGGACUGUACGGCAGCGCCUUAUUUCUCAAAUCUUGUUUGGUUUAUUGGCAAUAAUGUCAUCAAUAUUGACAAUUGUUUAGUCAAUGACAAACUCGAUGGACAACAAGUAUUGAUACGUUUGGAUGACUUAGUGGCCGAACAUUUGGAUCAUUUGCAUUACUUGAAUGAUAUAUUACUUUUAGAGAUCAGUAAUUUGAACAGUGUUUUAGUUGACCAUAUGCUCAAUCGAUUACUUAUACCAUUAUAUAUCUACUCAAUGAUGGGCAACAUACCGGCUGCCACUCCGUCCUCCUCCACAUCUAACAGACCACAUAUUUCACAAACAGUUUCACUAUUCCUUUUUACACAAGUUUUUCUUAUUGUAUCCAAUAAGUCAUUGCUCUUGAAAUUAGUUGAUAUUCUUUUAAAUAAUGAUAAAAAGAUAUUUGAAUUGCCAGAGUUUGUAGCGCCAAAUGAGACACUUGAAGAGUCACUUAUACACGCUGUCAAAGCACAGAAUAGUGAUGAAAAUGACUCGAAUAGUGACGAAAAUAAUGAAAGAUCGACGAGUAAUGUCAGCCAUAAUAAUGCCAAACAUAAUAGACUGUUCAGUAAUGAACAAUCCGUGACAAUAGAUGCUAAUCAUCAGAACAAUAUCGCUAUUGAGAACAACGAUAGUCCUCCUCUAAGUCCUGAUAGAUUGGAUAUCUCGAUAACAGAUAUGACAUCUCUGACUGAUGAGGAAAAAGCGAAUCUCUCUGUGAAUCGGUUAUUAAACAAACAAAAUCUUACCGAAAACAGACCUUUUUUGGAGGCAAUACUCAGUUCAAUGGAUUGUGAAAAGAUAACCGACGAUCGAUUGUCUCUGUUCUCACUUUGCCUACUCUAUGCUAUUAUCAAUAAUUCAGGCAUAUCUGAGGAUAUGUUUCAAGAAGUUAUACUUCACGACAAGUCAUCUAAAGCUACUACUAGUCAAUCAACACAAUCAGAGAAUCUUCACAAUGAGUUGAUUAAUAUAUUAAUUGAAAUUAUGCGCAAAUGUUGUCAAUAUAAUAGUAAGAUACGAUUAAUAACUUUAGAGAUGAGUAUAUUAUUACUUAAACGAUUAGUAUUAAGAAAAGGCAAAAGUAUUUUAUCAGACCAUCACUUGGCUGUCUUAGAGCAGGCAAAAGAAGAAGCCAUACUUAUUCUCAGAAAUUUCUAUAAGAGUGAGGAAGAAAUGUUAUUUUUGGAUAUGUUUGAAGACGAACACCAGCAGCUUCUAAAGCGACAGCUUAAUGUCGAAUUUCUGAUGAUGGACUCAAACUUAUUGCUGCCACCCAACCAAUUAACACCACUAAUGAUGACUGGAAUUGAGUUUAACCGACGCCUUCCCUGUGCUGAUGUUGAACGGACCCGUUAUGCCAUUCAAGUAUUUUUUUUAUUGAGAAGUCUGUCACAAUCUCUUAGAGAUGAAACUGAAACUCAAUUACCACUCACUAACUAUGAUUCGUGUACUAAAGUGGAUCAAUUGCUUGACUUAAAUAAUAGUGAUCUCAUUGCCUGUACUGUAAUAAACAAAGAUCAGCCAAAAUUAAGACGCUUUAUGGUUAUAGACGCACAUCAGCUCAUUCUUAUAGAGCCGGACACCAAACGGCUUGGUUGGGGAGUCGCCAAGUUUGUCGCGUGGCUUCAGGAUGUCGAGGUUAACGCAGAUAAGGAUGACUCGCGUUCACUACACAUACAAAUCAGACAGUGUUCUCAGACAAGUGCUGUCCGUCGGGCGCAACUCAAUGCAAAGUUUGUCUUUGAUGAUCAUAUUAGGUGUUUGGCAGCAAAACAACGACUCACGAAAGGUCGACUGCGGGCUCGACAUAGAAAAAUGCAACAAAUCGCUCGACUCAUUGAAAUAUCCACAAUUGGUACAAAUGAUUGCACACAGUCUUCGCGUUCGUCCACUUCAUCCAAUCGUGACAUUCCUCGCAGUCACUCCAAUCACGAUGGAAUCAAACGUCAGACACAUAAGCCCUUAUGUCGCGGACCAGCCAUCCCUGGAUCAGCUGUUGUUGCAGAUCAUCAAAAUAAGCACUUAAAGCCUUCUCUACAUCGACGCCGAUCGGCUUCCAACACACCACCCAACGGCUCUCAGAGUCGCGAUUCAUCUCCGCGACCAACACUGGCUGAAGCUGAAGAAAUGAUACCAUUGGAAGACAUGUCACCAAAGAGUAGUCGAAGAAGAAGUCGUUCAAAGUCUGAAAACAGAUUACAAAAUGUUUUAGCUUUCGGUGACAAAUGUGAUAGAGUUUGAUAACACAAAUUGUCAAUUAAGUGAUUCACAAUUGUCUCUACAAGUGAUAGUGUUUUAGUUAUUAUACAUAUGUUUAAUAGA